UUGUUUUUUUUUUUUUAUUUUUAUUUUAGAGUUGCAAAAUUACUAUUCGAGGAAGACCCAUAUGCAACAUACCAGAAGUAUGUGUUUUCAACGCGUCACCAAUUGGCAUCAUGUGAUUGCUCACUUCCCGAACGUCCACAGCUCAACGAUAUCCAUAGUAUAGCCAAUCGACUGAAUACAACUGAUCAUAUCACUCGGGAUACUCUUGUCGUUCCCGGUCUUCACGUUGUUCCGGAUUUUUUGGACGAAAAAGAAGAGGAAGAUUUGGUGCGCGCAAUCGAUCAAACUGAUUGGAUUCUUUCACAAUCUGGACGUCGGAAGCAGGAUUAUGGACCUCGUGUUAAUUUCAAGCGCAAAAAAGUGAAAAUGGAUCGUUUUCAUGGAAUGCCAGCUUACACAGAUUUAAUUUUGAAUAGAAUGAAGUCCAUAUCAUCUGAGUUAUUUGGCUCCUACCAGCCAUUCGAACUGUGUAAUUUGGAAUAUCGCGAUGAUCGCUGGUCCGCAAUUGAAAUGCAUGCCGAUGACACAUGGAUUUGGGGAAAUCGCUUAAUCUCCGUGAAUCUGUUGAGCGAUUCAGUGCUGACAUUUGCAAAUGAUGAGAAAUCAUUGUUAAUUUAUGUGCCAUUACCAAGAAGGACAAUGGUUUGCAUGGCCGAUGAGAUUCGUUAUUCGUGGAAACAUGCCGUUUUUCAUGAGCAUAUCUGUGGACGUCGAAUUGCGCUAACGAUGAGAGAACCCAGUGACGCUUUUCGGGAUGAGAAUACGCCACCAGUUACGGAUAUGGAUACCGCAUAUGCGCUAUGCAGGUAAUU